CAACAUCUGUUCUGUAAGAUUACAUUUAGGUCUCAAGCCACAGACAUCUACCUUCAGGAUGGGUAGAUUCAUUAUUUUACUUUUAGGUUUUUGUACACUACACCUCGCCAGUGUUAGCAGGACAUCUGUGGAAGCGUCUGUAACGCCAUGGAUGACAAAUGAUACAAGGUGGUCUGGGAGGAGAACAAUCAGAUCUGCAGACAGACCCAAACCGAUCAGCUGUAAGAUGGGGAUCUGGUCAUCUUGGACUCGCUGUGACUCCUGUACAGAGAGUAAACUGCGCUUCAGAUAUUUAGACAAACCCUCACAGUUCGGAGGCACUCACUGCAUUGAGACCUUAUGGGACAGGCUGGCCUGUCCAACUGCCACCACACAGUGUCUGGUGCCAGAUUACUGCGGAGAGAGCUUUACCUGCAAAUACACAGGCCGCUGUAUCAGCCAGUCCCUUCGCUGCAAUGGGGAAGGAGACUGCAGUGAUUUCUCCGAUGAGGACAACUGUGCCGAUUACAACCCGAGGAAAGACAAGUGUUCUACUCUCCUGCCAAUCCCCGGGGCUGAGCGUGGUACACAGGGCUUCAGUGUCUUGACUGGAGACUUUGUGGAUCAAGUUCUCGAUCCCCAUUAUUUUGGCGGAUCCUGCGAGUACGUCUACAACGGGGAAUGGAGGAAGUUCCUCUACGAGUCCUUCUGUGAGAACCUGCAGUAUGACGACGACAGCAAAAACUACCGAAAGCCCUACAACUACCAUUCCUACCGCUUUGUGGCGGAAGCGGCCUCGGAGGGAUCUCACGAGUACUACGAGGACGUGAACAGUUUGCUGAAGGCCAGGAAACGCACGCACUCUUCCAACGCUGGAGUCACAGUUGCCGUGUAUUACGUGCAAGUGGGAGUUAAAGGAAGCACUGAGUCCGAGUUUUUAACGAACAUAACACAGUACAAAAGUCAGGACGUUGGGUUUGUUAGGCUUUUUUCCAAAGUGCAAACAGCACUCUUCAAGAUGAGGUCAAAUAAUUUGAUGCUCCACGAAGACUUUUACUACGCACUCAUGGAGCUCCCUGAAGAGUAUGACUUCGGGAUGUACUCGCGCUUCUUCAAGAUGUUCGGCACUCACUACGUCACAGAAGGAACCAUGGGCGGAACACUUGAAUAUGUUGUGGUCAUCAACAAAAACACCAUGGCAGAAUCAAAGAUGGAAGGUUCACAAGUCGGCCGUUGCAUUGGGGGCUCCGUUGGUCUAAGCAGUCCACUUGGGGCCUACGGGAGCGCAGACCUCACAGUGGGUGGUAGUAGCUGCAACAAGAAUGGUGAAUUUAAUAAAGUAUCAGACGGCGACUCGGUUGACAUUAAGGACAUUGUGACACUCGUGAAAGGAGGAAUUCUCCACGCCAGCAGUGGCCUGUUGGCUAUCAGGAAUCCAGAGACCUACAGGAAAUGGGGAGCAUCUCUAAAAUACAACCCGACACUCAUUGACUACGAGACCCUGCCAAUCUAUGAACUGGUGCGCCGAAGCACAGCUGCCGCCCAUGUAGGCCAGAGGCUGGCUAACCUGCAGAAAGGCUGGGAGGAGUAUCGGCGGCAUUUUGACUCUUGCCGUUGUGAAUCCUGCAAGCAUAGCGGUAUUGCCGUUUUGGCGGGAACCUCCUGUGAGUGCAACUGUAGGUCUGGAUACCAGGGAGUGGCCUGUGAGGAGACAUUAAGAAGAGAUACCAAGACAGAUGGGUCCUGGUCAUGCUGGGGAUUCUGGUCGUCCUGUGCAUCAGGGAGGAAAACCCGGACAAGGACCUGUAAUAAUCCUCCGCCUACUGAUGGUGGCGCUACAUGCCAGGGCUCUGCCUCUCAGACUCAACAUUGUUAAGCGGCCCGAGACUUUUAACAAAAGUGACAUCUGCCCUUCUUUGGUCAAACUGUAUGUCCGCACAGAAAUAAAAAUUGUUUUGUGCACAUUC